AUGACUUACGCUUCAAAACAGGGCUCUGUUGUAACCGACUGGCACCUAUGCAAAGACGGGAAAGAAUACUUCAGCAAGAUACAACACAAGAAGAAUCGCAAAGUAUUCGGUCUAUUGGAGGCACCGGUGAUGCCUCCGCAUGUCCCCAUGAACACAGUCCACUAUAAAGUGUUCCUCUCGGGCAAAAGUGGGGUCGGUAAAACUUCUCUAGCUGCACGACUGGCCGGCCUGGAAAUACCCAGCAUGCACUACGAAACCACUGGCAUUGAGACUACUGUUAUUUACUGGCCAGUCAAGCUGAAAGAAAGCAGUAGAGUGCUCUUCUUUCGUUUCCAGCUGUGGGACUGCGGAGAAACUGCCUUACGACGGUUUGACCAUCUGCUGCCGUCUUGUAGGGAGAGGGUGGAUGCUGUUCUUUUCCUGUUCUCCUUCACUGACAGAACAUCUUUUGAUGAUCUUCCCAAUCAAAUUACAAAGUGGAACGAGUUGUCUGGGAGCCCCGUUGCAACUUUGGUGGUCGGAACAAAAUAUGACCUGUUCAUGCACUGUGACGUCUCUGACAGGGACAUGGAGGUCUUCCAGGAGACAUGGCAGUUACCAGUGUUGCGCACAGGUAGUGGGGAGGACAGCAACGGGCUGAAUGCUGUUGCACCACUCCUCGAUAGCCUGGCAGAGUGUCUGUGGCGUCAGGACUGCACUGCGGGCAGUAUAGGUGUACAGGAGAGUGGUGAUACUUUUCACUAG